AUGGUCGCGGGUCCCCGGUGCGGCCGCACGUGCGGGCAGCGCCAGGCGGGGCUGAUGGCCGCGGCGCUGGCGAGCCGCGUGAUCAGCGAGGGGCCCACGCACGCGGGCGCCGCUGCAGCGUCAUGUGCCGUGCCUGGGCUGGGGGCUUCUCCGUGCGGCGGGGUGCCGCUCGCGCGUGGCUUCAUGCGGCAGGUGUCCGGAGAGCGCGUUGCGCGGGCCGUAGCGGCUGAUGCGGCGCGGUAUCCCGGGGGAACGGCGGCGCCGAGGUGUGUGCUGGGGAGGACGGUGGUGACCGCGGCGUCCGGGGCGCCGGCGAGCGGUGGUUGGCUGACCGAGCGGAUCUUCAACAAGGAUUACGACCCGCCGAUGAUCGUCGAGCGCGCCCUCGAGCUCGAAGACGCGAAGAAGGCCUUCCUGGGCGUACAAGGCAAGAAUUGGUUGCACCCAGCGGGGCUUCUGAAGCCGUCUGACCCGUGCCUGCGCACGGACCUGAGCCUGCUGCCGUUCCUGUGCUUCGACUUCGAAGCGAACGUCACCGUGCGCGUCGUCCGCGGCCGCGCGGGCCGGUCCGACCCCGCCCCCGGCGCCACUGUGGCACCUGGGCGCGUGGUGUGGGAGGAGGUCGCGUGCGUGCAGCUCGGGCGCCGAUCCUGGCCGUGGCACGCUCCAGAGUCACAGGUCUACGCGUCCUACAAGCUCAGGAGGGACCUCGCGGAAGCGGCGCGGCUCCCCGGCAACACCAGCCUCGCCACGGCCAGCAACGUCCUAGUCCCCCCCGCAGACGCCCUCGACGGCGCCCAGCGGCUCACCGCGAAGGACUGCUGGCCGUGGAACGCCGCGGCCGUGCAGGCCGGUGCGUCCGCGACCGUCGGUCCGACGGACAGGGACGUUCCGAGGUACAAGCAUAUGCCGCUGGACCCCCCCGACAUGUCCGAGGGCGUCGCCUUCGAGCUCAUGCUGCGGCGGCUGCGCGCGUCGAUCGCCAAGGCGCACGCCGCGGUCAUGACCGAGUCGGACUCGGAAGAGGGCGACGCGAGCGUCAACGCCGACGCGCCGGCGCGGCUCGAGGAGGUGCUGGUUGACUUCACGGACGUAGAGAGCCGGUGCCGCUACGUGCUGCUGCCGGCGUACCGGCUGCGGUACUCGUUCCUGGACCGGCCCGGGGAGGUCGGGGAGCGCAAGGCGCAGGAGUUCGAGGCGAUGAUCGGCGCCGGAGCGCCCAACCCAUCGGUCGUGUGCGAGCGGCACGUGUGUCCGCGGAAGGCCGGCGUGGCGGCGGCGGGUGCCGUCGGGUCGCUUGGCGUGGCGUCCCAGGGCCUCACGGGCGCGUUCUUCGCCGGCGCGGGCGAGGCGGGCGAGGCGGCGGCGGCGGUGGCGGCGUCCAACUCGGCGCUGGCCUCGACGGGCGAGUCCGUCGUGAUGGCACUGCAGACCCUGGGGGUUGAGGGCGGUAUUCUAGCUGCGUUUGCGGCGCUGGUGGCGGGCACGGCUGCGCGGCAGUUCACGAGCGCGCACCGCCGCAUGGAGGAGCAGCGUCGGGAGGUGGGGGAGGGGGAGGCGGUGGCGAUGUACUCGGUGGCAGCGGGGGCGACGGGGGGCGCGGGGGGCGCGGGGGACGCGGGCGCGGCGCUGGAGCACGACGCGGCGGUCGCGCGGAACGAGGAGCGGGAGUGGCGGCGCUGGGAGGAGGCGGGGCGGUGGCGCUGGGACAGCGGGCGGCGCGGGGCGUGGGCCGAGGACAUCUUGAAGCGGCAGCGGGGGCGGCGGGAGGCGCGGGCGCGGUUCAUGGAGACGCUGGAGCGCGAGGCGCAGAGGGCCGCGGAGGCGGAGCAGCGGGAAGUGCUGAAGCGGCUGAAGUACGGGCCGCGGGAGAGCGGCGCGCUGCACGGGAGUCCCACUGCGGGCAUGGGCCGCGGGGUUGCGGACCCUCAGGGCCUGUACGCCGCGCUGGGCUUGUCGCCGAGCGCCGAGGGCGGUCCGAGCUUCGAGGAGGUCAAGGCGGCGUUCCGCAGAGCCGCGCUGGAGUAUCACCCUGACGUGGCCAGCGGGGACUCGGUGGUCGCCAGGGGGCCGCUGCAGGGCAUGCCGCGCGCUGAUGCCUUCCGCAGGGUGCAGGCGGCUUACCGCGCCCUGCGAGACCCGCGGCUGAGGGAACUGUACGAUUCGGGCGUGCCCGUUGGGGGCGUGUGA